AUGGGGUUGUGGGUUCUGAUGAUUUGCUUCCUGGCGCUGUCGACCACCGCACAAAGCCAAUCUUCAACAGGUAUGUUGCCCUCUUCUGUUCCCGAUUUUUUCUGGUGCGAUUAGUUGAAGAAAAAAGAUGGCGCAUGCGAUUUGUUGAAGAAGCCAAAUCUGCAUAAGAUGCAGGUAGAGGAAGCAACUCUUUACGACUGCCAACGUUUAAACCUUCUCGCUCCAAGAAUUUCUUCGUAUAAAACGUCGCAAAACCUAGUUAGUUUUUAAGAUGCUUCUCAAAGGCCAGAUUUCUGUUUCAGGUUUCAUCAGCAUAGACUGCGGGCUCGACGGGGCCACCAAUUACACGGAAUCGACUAUGAAUAUCAUCUACUCACCGGACGCCCUCUACGUCGACGCCGGGGAGAAUAGGAGAGUCUCCCCAGAGACUAACCUUACAGGCGUCUUCGACUACUACAAAACCCUCCGGAGCUUCUCUAAUGGAACGCGGAACUGCUACACGUUGCAACCCCUGGUGAAGGGACGCAAGUACCUGGUGAGGGCCGAAUUCCAGUACGGAAACUUCGACGGCCGAGAUUCACCGCCGACAUUCGAUGUCUAUCUCGGCAUCCACUUCUGGUGGACUGUGCCGCCAGAUGAGUUCUCCCGACUGGAGAUCAUCGUCGUUUCCCCCGGCGAGUCCAUGCAGGUCUGCCUGGUCAACAAGGGUUUGGGGACGCCGUACAUAUCGGUUCUGGAGCUGAGACCCCUACUUGAUUCGAUGUACCCGUUGGUGAAUUCUUCUCAGGCUCUUGUUCUCCGGGGUGAUAGGACGGACCACGGCAGUACCGGCACUACGAGGUCAUGUUCGCUCCGUUAUCUCGCUCUCUCUCUCCCGCUUUAUAUUUAUACUCAUAUACAUGAAAUAGGUACAUUUAACAUGUUUAUCCCUUGCAUUGGAUUUCCGGUGUGGAGAUGGCGGAGAAAUUGAAUACGCUUUAUAUUGAUUGACAGGUAUCCCGAAGACCCUUAUGAUCGUAUCUGGUUCUCCCCUGGGGAAACCGAAGAUUGGCUGCCGAUGAGCACGGACAAGACAGUUGAAAGCGGGAGCAGAAAUUUCAUGGUGCCAGCAAGCGUUCUGAGCACGGCAGUGACGACCCCGAAUAUCUCCGAGAGCUUAAACUUCACCGUGACGGGCCUCCUAGGGGAGGAGAUUUACGUGUUUAUGUACUUCGCAGAGCUUCAGCAACUUGGUAUGAAUGAGACGAGAGAGUUCAACGUCUAUGCAAACAGUACCCUGUGGUUCAGACAGUAUCGACCGGAUUACUUGUCAGGAGGAGCUAUAUAUACCAGUAGGCCAGGAACCGGUGGGACGACCACCUACUCGCUCAAAGCCACAAGGAAUUCUACCCUGCCUCCCUUCAUCAACGCCUUCGAGGCCCAUAUCUUGGUACAACUAAGCACGUUACCUACGCACCAGAAUGACAGUGAGUACCUCUACGUUCUCGAUGUCGUUGCAGUUUACCUUAUUUUGCCUCGCUGUCGAGUUCGAGGAUAGAGACGAUGCAUCGUACACACUCCAUGAUCAUCCUUAUCUCUGAUGAGAAUCGGUAAACGAAAAUCACAUAAGGGGUUUAAAAAUAAAAACUGCUCAAGAACAGUGUGGUGGAUUUACCUGAGUAAAAAAUCUCAACUCAGUUCUUAGUUUUCGCAUAAGCUAGUCUGGUAAUUAUGAAGUUGAGUUUAAUUUUCACUCAAAUGCUUUCUUUAAUUCGUUUAUGCUGUCAUUAUAUGCUUUCUCUCUCAUUAAUAAUUUUUUAUAAUGACAGCUGAUGCUGUCCUGAAGAUAAAAAACUUUUAUAAGGUGAAGAACUGGGAAGGUGAUCCAUGUGUCCCCAAGGAUUUGGCUUGGGCUGGCCUAGGUUGCAGUUACGAUGGUUCUCUAAACCCAAGGAUUGUAUCUUUGUAAGUUAUUCCUGUAAUAAUUUAUGCUGAAAUAACAUGUCUUGGCUUAGCUUAUGGUACCAAGAAUAGUAACUUUGUUGAUCAUGUUUUGCAGAAAUUUGUCUCAUGCUGGACUUAGCGGUGGAAUUUCACCAUUUAUAGCUAACCUAACUGCUCUAGUGACUCUGUAAGUUUCUUUCUCGUAGAUGAUAUUAAAGUAGAAUCCACAGGUAGUUCCAAAAGAAAUUUCGAUUUUAUUAUUUCUCUGUAAAAAAAAGUUUAGAUCUGUGCGUUGGAUAAAACGUGUCCAAAAUGCACCAAAUAUAUGGCGUAGUAGCCUGAAGACAGUUCUAAUCACAUAAGUGAAAGGAUUUUCCUAGAUGAAAUGUUUAAUACUGUUUCAGGCAAAACUUUUUUUUUCUAAUAUCCAGUUGAUUUAAAUUCAUAAUAGGAAGAAAACUAAUUGAUAUAGUUCGCCUAUAUGAAUAUAGAACUAUAAAUCCUUUUUAAAGAAAAUGAUAAUGACUAUAAAUAUUAAUCAUAAUGUAAAUAAUUAAAAAUACUCAUUAUACAAACUAUGAAAUCCGUUGGAAAAAGAAAAGUGAGAGAACAAUGGACCAUAUUAUUGAAAAUUUACGACAUGUGAAAAUAGUUUUAAGCUGAUGAUAUCUCGUGAUUUUAUUUCAGGGACUUAUCACACAACAAUUUGAUAGGUGAAAUUCCUCGUGAUCUGGUAGAACUGUCACAGCUCAAAGUACUGUAAGUCUCAAAAAUCUUGUACUUAUUUUGAUUUCAGUAAAAUUUUGAUUAUAUUCUAAUUUUUUUCUUACUUAUUUCAGGCAACUGGAAAAUAACGAUUUAAGUGGAUAUGUACCAUAUAUUCUUCUGGAGAAGUCAGCAAAUAAGACGCUGUCUUUAAGGUAUUCAUGAAAAUAACUACCGUUAAUACACAAUUUUUUUGCCAUACUAGCUUGAAGGUGAUGAAAUUACCAAUCCAUCACAAACGGAAGAUCAUGGAGAAAUUUUAUGAAUGGAUACAGUUUUUCUAUAUUUUCUGUGGUCGAUUAUCAUGUUAAACAUUGUGUGCUUGACUGAGGUUCAGUUCCCACGGCAUAAAGAAGGAAUCAGCAUAAUUUUUGAAAAUUUACCAAUCAUGAUUAGCUUUUGAUAAUCAAGUUAAACAGACGAUAAUAUUUUACUCUCUGAUAACUGGCUUGUUAAACUAGGAGGAUGAAGAACGGUUUGAAAUGGCUAAAUAGCUGGCCAUUGUUGACCGACAAUUAAUACAUUCUAGAGUUUAAUAUUUUCAGAAUAUUUUGAGCAUGAUCUGGGAGAAAGUAUCUUUUCCUCAUACCUAAGACGCUGGUGAUUGAUCCUUAUCCUUGAAACUUUCAGCUUAGAUGGCAACACAAAUCUGUGCCCUGGAACUGAUUCUUGCGGAGUAAAGGGGAGGAAAAAAAGGGUUAUCGUUCCUAUUGCAAUUUCUAUAGGAGGAAUCCUUGCUCUGCUCUCCCUGAUCCUUAUAAUUAUGUGGAGAGUCAGAAUGAGAAAGCAAAAAGAUGUUCAAAGUACGCCAAAAUGAGUAUAAACUUUAUUUUUUUACAUUCCUUUAGCUUAUGGGGUAAUAAACCCGUCAGGUAGGACCUUCUUCGUCUCAUUCUGACACAUUUCUGUGUUUAACAUCAGAUAUCUCAAGCAAGAAAAUAGAAUCGUCAAACAACGAACAGAAAAAUUUACAUUCAGUUAGCAGCCAAUUCACAUUUGCAGAAAUAGUAAAUAUUACGAAGAACUUUCAGCAGCAGAUUGGAAAAGGAGGUUUUGGGAUAGUUUAUCAUGGCCGCUUAAAAACUGGAAUCGAGGUUGCAGUAAAGAUGCUUUCUAAAACAUCUUCCCAAGGUGCUAAAGAGUUUGAAUCUGAGGCAAGUUAUAAUAAAUUAAAUUAAUGAAUUAGAAUGUUAUUAGUUAAUAUUUCUUUGUCUUCAAAUAAUUUUUACCUCUAAUCAAACUUUCUUCGAAUUCAGGCUCAGAUAUUGACAAGGGUCCAUCACAGAAACUUGGUGUCUUUCUUAGGCUAUUGUAAUGACCCAAACAAUCUUUCCCUAGUGUACGAGUUUAUGACUCAAGGAACUCUUGCAAAGCACUUAUCAGGUGUCUCUCUCUUUCACCAGCACCGAACUGUUAUAAUCUAUCACUCUUUUCAUUUUUAUACCAUUUAUGUUUAGCUUACGAGUUAAUAUAUAUAUGUUACCUCUAUGCAAAUAUAGAUAACCGCAGCAAUGAUUUAAGUUGGAGUAUUCGACUCAAAAUAGCGCUUGAUGUUGCACAAGGUAUGCUGUCGAAGUCUAUCCAAUUUACUUCACUAUGUUUCAAUUUUCGAAUCCUUGAAGUAACACAUUGUUUCAUGAAAAUUUCAACGACAGGACUUGACUAUUUGCACAGUUUUUGCAAGCCACCCAUAAUUCAUAGAGAUGUGAAGACGACAAACAUUUUACUAAAUCAAAGUCUUGAAGCAAAAUUAGCUGAUUUCGGACUGUCCAGGCUUUUCCAUGAUGAUGCCUCAGCUUGCAUUUCCACGGCCAUUGUUGGCACUCCGGGAUACCUUGAUCCUGAGUAAGCUUUUGAUGGAUUUAUGACUUCACAAUGCUUUCCAUCAUGGUUUAUAUAGUCGCAUCUAUUGCUGCCUAGAAUCUAAGAAACUUAUUUGUUUCUGGGGAAUAUUUCAUUACAGGUAUUAUCAAACAUCAAAUUUGAACGCGAAGAGUGAUAUUUAUAGCUUUGGAGUUGUUCUUUUUGAGCUUAUAACAGGGAAACCGCCAAUUAUAAAUAGCACAGAGAAUAUUUCAAUUGUCCCCUGGGUGCAGUCAAGAAUCAACAGAGGUGAUAUAACUAUGAUAGUGGAUGAAAGAUUUGAGGGAAAAUAUAACAUUAAUUCUAUGUGGAAAGCAAUUGAAAUUGCAGUGUCGUGUACAGCUCCUUACUCAAUCCAAAGACCAACCAUGAGUAAUGUGGUGAUGGAAUUGAAGGAGUGUCUGACUUCUGAGACUUCACAAGACAUUCCCAGAAAUUUUAAAAUUCAAGAGGAAAGUUCAGUUGAUAUUGUUCCUCUUUUCCUUGAUACAGCCACAGGGCCAUUGGCACGAUAA